AUGUCCAAUACCGACAACGAGACCAUGGCCAUUCCGAAUGAUAACGAGCACAAUCAGCCCAUAUCCGCAACAGAAGUUGUUGCGGAAGUCCGUGCUACACAGCCCGAAGCUGAACCAAUUGGCACACACAAACUUGAUCACCCUGAUCCGAUACGACGCAGAGUAGGGUGUGGCCACGCUGCGGCUGGUCAAUACCACGAUUACCAACACCAGACGCAGCAUAUCCGCAGGAGCUCGAGGUUCGCGAGGCUCUAUAAGAUAUCUGGCUGCAAUUUGAUUUCCGAAGAUUGGCCUGUCCAAAACGCUCUGUACGCGCAAGGACUUGUCGACCUUUUUUUACCGGACAAAACUCCAGUCAACAAGUUGUUGUCUCUGUUGUCUCGGAUCAAGGACACAGAACAGCUUGAGACCGUUCUUGAUGGAACCCAGCAUUCUGCUCCGGACAUUGACUGUCAGAGACCUCUAUGGAGCGGCACUCAAACAUUCAAGAAUUCAACGAUGCCCGGCUACCGGGUCCUGGUAGCGUUUAAGUCGGAAGGCUAUGAGCCUCUUUUUUAA